GCCCCGCUCCUCCUUCCCAUCGGCCUCCGCUUGCGGGCCUUUCAAACAUGGAGGAGCGGGAGCGGAAGUGGGGGGCGAGGUCGCCCGGCGCCGGCAGCCCCCCGCGCCCGCCCAGCCCGCGCCUGGAUGUCAACUCCGACCUCUUCGACCCGCUGCUGGCCCUGUACGCGCCGCGCCUGCCCCCCAUCCCCUACCCCAAUGCGCCCUGCUUCAACAACGUGGCCGCCUACGAGACCUUCCUCAGGACCGGCUGCCGGGGCGGGCGCGGGCGGGCGCGGGGCGCGGCCCCGGCCCCGGCCCCAGGGGCCCCGGCCGCCGCCGGACCCUCGAGCAGGACCCGCCGCCGCCGGGACGCCCCCGCCCCGGACCCCGAGCGCAUCGAGCGCCUCCGCCGCCUCAUGGUCAAGAAGGAAGGGGACGCGGGCGACGGGGAGAGCCGCCGCGCCCCGGGCCGGGGCCGGAGGGCGCCGCGCAACGUGCUCACGCGAAUGCCCUUGCACGAAGGCAGCCCUCUGGGUGAACUCCAUCGUUGUAUCCGGGAGGGGGUGAAGGUGAAUGUUCAUAUCCGCACUUUCAAGGGACUUCGGGGCGUCUGCACAGGCUUCCUCGUUGCAUUUGACAAGUUCUGGAAUAUGGCACUUACUGAUGUGGAUGAGACCUACCGAAAGCCUGUUCUAGGCAAAGCAUAUGAGCGGGAUUCUUCACUGACUCUCACGAGGCUAUUUGAUCGACUAAAACUUCAAGAUUCCUCCAAGAAAGAGGCAGAUUCUAAGUCUGCAGUUGAAGACUCCACUCUGUCCAGAUACUCCCAGACAUCCACUUGGAAGGUAGCCUCAGUGUGGGGAAGAGAAGACACUGACCGGGGCUCACGCAAACAUUCCCGCUCCGUCCCAUCUUCCCUGCAGGCAUCUACAAGGGAGGAGUCCAGGUCAGAGCUGUCAGGGAGGACUAUUCGGACAGAAGGGUCUAGUGUGGGAGGUACCUUUUCCAGAGCUACUACCCUUUCUAGGGGCCAGUCCCGUAAGAAAAAGAGAAAGCCCAAAGUAGAUUACCAACAGGUAUUCACUAGACACAUAAAUCAGAUUUUCAUUCGAGGCGAGAAUGUCCUGCUAGUUCAUCUUGCACAGUGAGCAACUCUGCUUCACUUGAGCUUUAAUAUUUAGAAACAAAAUGCAUGAAUUGCUGCUAUGCUGUAUCCUAGUAUCCCAGUGAAACCCUGAGUUGGAAUGAUCCCCUCUGGUACUGCAUGUGUUGAGGAGAGAACCAGGCUCAGGUUCUCUGGGAGAUGAGCUCCCUGAAGGGGAGACAGGCCUUGGGAGGGUGGGUUGUUUGCAUUAAUAUCAAAGCAGUAAUAACAGGCUGCAUAUGAGUACACACAUCUGAUUUGGUAUCAUGCUCUACAUCAGACACUCAGACCAAAUAUACGAUCUUCCAUUUGAAUCAGGGGUUAUAGUAUGAAUUAAAUUGACUCUAUGGACUCUUUAGUGUGGAGGAGAAAAACCGCAAAAAGAAUGAUCUCAUUUUAAAGCUAGUACUCUGAAUACUCACGAAUUUGAUUCUAAGAGUAGCAGUAUAAAUUGCCCUGGAACCCUACACCAACAUCUUGUAACUGACUGUUGAAUUUUGCUCUCCACCAUUCUCUCUUAAUCAAGAAAUGUAAUCUAUUAUCUUUGGGUAUCUAUAAGAUCUAAGAAAGCUACCAAUUUAUGUAAGGGCAAAAUUUGAAAAGUUGGUAUGCUUAAAGCAGCAGCAAUGAAUGCCCUGUUUUUAUCCCUCUCCUUAUUAUGGAAAGGAAUGUGGGACCUCAGCAGUCUUCCCUUACCAGAGGUGACUUCUGCGAAUGACAUACCAGAUGGAACUAUAAGAUGCUCGUGUGGUGGCUUCUUGUCUUUCUCUCUAACUUCUGUGGCAUAGUGCUAGUGCAUGUACCCUGUGUAUUGCCUCUCUGUGACCUGUCCUAUAAGCUUUAUGACAAGAGACUGUGACCUUCAAGUCUGUCUUCAAAGAGUGCUGCAUGAACUCUGUAAUAUACAUGCACCAUACAGCUGAGAAUCCCUUUUCCAGGCAGGGCUGGUCUUAUGUAGAAUAUCUUUCAGAAUGGUUUUCAUGAGACAGCAGCAGUAGUUUUAUUCCCUGUGUCAGACCAAAGAGGUUCUUACAAACUAGAGUAGGUGUGUCUGUAAGGGACACUUUACUCACAGCCAGCUUCAGUAGCAGAAAUACCAUAGCACUCUCCAAUACUACUUGAAUCAUGCUAUAUGCUUUCUCAGUCACCAGUGCAGAAUAGGCUACAGACUGUUAGGUAACAUUGAAUUUUUUUGUUUUGUUUUGUUUUGUUAGUUUAUGUUUUAUUUUAGAUAAUUCAUAUUCAAAUUACAAAUAAGAAAUAGCUAACUAGUUAAAAUGCUUGAAAAGAAAAAUUUCCCCUGCUGUAUUUGUUGUGUAACUUAGAUACCUGGUCCUUCUGCUAGAUGGGUCACUGGCUUAUCAUAUAAUGAAAGGAGAGCCUCAGUGUUUGCCCAUCAGACACCUACCUCACAGGAGCACUGAGACAAAGAAUUUUAGGAAGGCAUUUUAAAGUCUUUAAACAUGUUUAGGAACCAUGAGUCAUUUUUACUAACUCUACUUCAUGGUUUGGUUAGAAUGCUUAUGAGCAAGGCAGGUAAUCUCUGUAGGUAUCAUAAGUAUGAUCUUGCUGUGAUCAGAAGGCAGUGGUAUCUUCAGGAACUAUUUCCCAUGUUCCAUUCCUUUCUCCUAAAGGACAGUGGGAGUUUCAGAAGAAUAUCUUGAGUAAGAUGAGAGUAACAUUUCUUUGCUGCUCCUCUACAUUCUAGCCCCUACCCUUUCUGAUCAUUUUUAGAAAGGAUUCCCCUGAAUUUCUCAUCGGUUUGUAUGAUAAUACCAAAGGGAGAAUGAGCAUCUAAAAAUAACACAUCCCUAAAAGGGAAUUUGUAGAAAUUGUUUUGUUUGUUUUUAUUUUAAAAUGCAUUUUAAAUAUGUUUUUUAGAGCCACAGAAGAUGUACUAAAUAUUUAGAGAGGUUCCAGAUCACAAACUUGAACCAUCAUCUUUGGAAUCUGCCAAUCUAAUCUCUUCUAAAUAAUGUAUCUAAAAGUUCAGUUCCCCAAUUAAUAGUUGUCUUGUUUAAUCAUCAGGCACCCCUGCCUCUACCUCUUUACCAGUCUCCCUUGUUUGGCUGUCCUAUCUGUCUGCCCUCUUGCUCCUUAGCUAGAAGCUGUAAUGGAUAUUAGAUUUUUCCAAUAAAGUAGAAAUUUGUAAUCAAAAGGAAUAUAAUCAAUUUCUGUUUCAGUCUAGUGCCUGAUUAAAUCUAACCUAAUUUAUUUUACAUAAUGCUGGUUUUCAUAAUGUUUGUAUAUAAUUUUUAUAUAUUCAUGUAAGGAUUGAUUUACUGCUUUUUUUCUACCCAACUUAAUAAUUCUGGCUCUGAAAAUUUUAAAACUGUGAUAUGACUUAGAUGCCCAUUUAUUUGUUUGGUUUGGACAGUGAUCCUGGAAUGAAUGAACUAUCUAGUAUUGUGUUAUUUUGUGCAAAGCAUACUUUUUUAGAGAAGUCAGUUUUUAAAAAUCAUAGCCUUUUUCUUUAUUAUUGGAGAAAUUUUUCAUAAGGAAGAAAAAAUAGGUCCUAACAAUGUAUAUGUUGCUCAAAAAAUGUGAUCAUCUAGGAUAUUAUAGUAAGUUGCUAUGGAAACAACUGAUGUCUUCCUCAAGAGGAGAGAAAAGGAGGCAGUAACCACUAGCAUGGUAGAGACCUGGGGGCCCCUCCACCUGAAGGGGGCUCUAAGCUGCUGUAGGUCAGCAAAACUGGUUUCUAGUAUUCCCCAGAGAUUUGGAUUUGGGAAACUUGGUAGGAAUAGUACUUAUUUUUGAACAUCCAUUUUGGUUCUUCAAAGUGAUCUCCAAACAUGGGAAUGUGUUUUCCAGACAUUUCACAGGGCAUACCUAUCUGUGUACUUGUUGAGGUCCUCUCAGGAGUUUCCAGCUUUGUUAGAUAAGAACAGGGAUUGAGAAAUUGAAGAUAUGCUAUUACACCCAGAAUAGUUUCGUGUGCCAUUCUUUGUACAGAGAGAUGAUUCUACUGCUCUAUCACAAGCGAACUUGCACUUUAGGUUGUUCAUUUUAGUAUCUGGGAAGCAUUUAUGCUUCCUUUCAGAGACCUCUUAUGAAAGAGGUGGGCAGUUGGUGGGAUGGUUAGCCAGAGUUAGCAGUGCUUAAGCAGUACCCUGCCUGCUCUCUGUGCCUGCCAAGCCAGAAAGCUUAGAAACCUUUAACACUAAAGUCUAGAUAGGUGUCCUUGCUAUGAGUUGUUAGUGAAUCAAGAGGGGUUCAUCUGUUUUCAUGGUGAAAUAGUCUAAAAGUACCUUUAGAGAUUGUCAGGUCAUGAGCCAUGAGCUGCUCUUAAUCCUCAGAAGCCUUAUGGAAAGUAGGUGUACUGCUUCUAUUCCUUGAGAAAAAAUAGAAUCUAACUUGAUGAAGGGUAGAUAUUUAUAUUUAUGUUUGCACUGUUCCUGUAGUAGCUGACAUGGGUAAAAUAAUGAAAUAUAAUAGGUUCUGUAAAUUACUUGUUUAAAUUUUGUCUAAUUUUGCCUUUAGAAAAGAAUUUAAAUUAUUCAAAGAUAGCUAGCUAUCCUAAAGUUUUCCAGUCCUUUGUGUAUUUUUUUAUGAAUGAAAUGAUUUCUGUGGUUCAGGUCAAGGUUUAUGUAAGUGUAUCAUGGUAUAAAUAUAAUGGUUUUCCAACUGUU